GUCCACUAGCUUCGCAGUGGCAAACAAUAACGCCAAAAAUCAAUACCACUAUUUCAGGUAAAUUUAGGAGAAAUUUCGAUUCGACACUGCGAACUGGUCCAACAUCCCCUGACUGUGUGUCAUCAAAUUCGUCUGAACAAAAAUAAUGCAAAAGCUCUACUUCAACAAUUUUGUUGUGAAAACUUAGGAGGAAUUGAUCAAAAUCGAAGGUAGACCUAGCAUCAAUGUAUAAAUUGUACUAAAUUUCUUAUGCUAUUUCGUACGCUGAAUUCCUACGCCGAAUUCCUUCAUUAUACCUACGAUGCACAUUUACUACCGGAUAUGGCUUGUCGACUGGAACUGGAAUUGUAUCGGUUCCAGACCUGGACCAGGUCAGAAUAUCAUUACGAAUCAAAAGCUCCUGGAACUGUUUCUGAAAAUAAAUGAAAUCGGGAGCAAUUUCUAGAUCAGCAUGGGAUCAUGAUCGGUUCCAGGACCGGUAUGUGUUCAGUAUAAGUUCCAGGUAAUUAAUAGGUUUACAUUCAAUUCCAUGACCGGUGUAGGUUCAUCAUUGGUUCCAUAUCCAGUAAGGCUUUAUGAUAGGUACCAGGGCUGUUUUGGGUUCAUGGUAGUUUCCAGGACCCGUAUGAGUUCAUGAUAGGUUUCAGGACCAGUAUGGAUUCAUGAUAGGUUAUAGGGCCGUGAUGGGUUCAUGAUCAGUUCCAUGACCUGUAUGACCAGUAUUAUUUCCAGAACCGAUUUGGGUUCAGUAUCGGUUCCUGGACAGGCCUAGGUUCAGUAGCUAGGUGCAGGACCGGUAUUAGGUCGUGUGCAGGACUUAAACCAGAAAAGGUGAUGUAAUGCAGACAGGACCAGUAUUGGUUGGAUUUUGGUUUUCGUCAUAAGUACUUAAUUGCUUAAUUGCUAAUUGAAUUUGCUAGUAUUGUUUGGAUCCCUUUACAAAAAGAUAGAAUAGAUAGAUUAAAGGCCAUCCGAAACAAGUUUACAAAAACACUUUUCUAUCGCUGAUCCUAGUCGAACAUCCCAUGCCCCUCAUAAUGGGCUAGCUGCUUAUUAUUCAGACUAGAAUCUUUACAAUAUCAUAGAAUGACUUUACAAGAUUGUAACAGGGAUUGUUGUCGCCUCGUCUAUUCUAAUGCAUAUUAACUUCUUCGCUCUAGGUAGAAUUUUAAGAGCAAGGUAUCUUUUAAGACCAAACUUCAGGACUAAAUUCUAUUGUUCAAGCGACCUGAGCUAAGCUCUAAGACACGAAUUUGGUUUUCAUAUGACGAUUAAACAACUAAGGACCUGUUUAAUACAGUUUUUCUGAGAAUUAUUUCAUGUUUGGUGUAGCUGUUUAUUUUUCUAUUUACUUCGUUCUUUUGCAACGUUCACAUUCUUCUACAGCCAGCUUAAAAAGUCAUUUUUAUUUAAUGCAAACGUGAAUAUAGCUUAGACUUGAGAUGAAACACCUUGAGAAUCGAUUUUCUUAUUAGAUAUUGCGGCCCAUGAAAAAGAUUUUUGGGGUUAACUAGUGGCCCGCCGAACAAACGAGUUUGACACAUCUGUCUUAGAGGAUCAGAAGAGAGGAAACCGACCAGACGCUCUCACCGCUCUCUUACUUUGUACUGUGUACUCCGCAGAAAAUCAGCGCGUACUGCCAGUGUUCAAAGGUUAAACAAAUAAAGAAGCAGAAAGUCUUAUCGUCUGUGAAAACUAAUAACUGCACUACAUAAGUUCGCUUGAAGUAGUAGGUUUUAGCGAUUAAAUUAGUUAUUUGAGCUGAUUCCAACUGGAGAUUAGAAUCAACACAUUUUAAAAAGGUUUUUCAAAUUCGAUCACAUAGGAAUUUAUUUUGCAUUUGACAUUCGAUGUGUCAAGUCAGUGCAAUUUGCUCACAGAACUGUCAGAAUAUAGCGUAUAGCGAACUCGCAUACAUCGAGCAUGGCGUAUAUCGGGGAAUACCCGUACACGUAGAAUUUAAGGGGAAUGCUCCACAGUCGGGAAAUGCUUGUGUCAGCCAUCGAGCCUUGGAUUCCAGCCCCUCUAGUUUUCUAAAGAUAAAGCACGAGGCAGGAAGGAACCGUCUUGCUUGCGUUGCGUAAUUCUAGUCGCUACAAACAUGCUUCUACUUCACAGAACUCCACCCGAACCUAAAAAAAAUAGAAAAUAAAAUAGCGCGUACUGGUUUUCGUAUUUUUAAUAAAUCAUAUUUUUCUUUUCUUCUAAUCUAGGUCCAGUGGCAAGCUUCCCCUUGAAUGAGGGGGUGAUUAAUGCAAACGUUUGCUGGAACCACAUCUCAACGUCCAACGGACAAAGGGAUCAAGCCACUUAUCGUUCUUGCUUCCGUUCUUUCUUUUCUGCGCUGUUUGUUUGCUUAGAACAGACGAUCACAUUUCGCUAGCCUGCCAGCGCGUCACCAAGCGGGGAACCCGGCUUUGCGUAGUAUUUUCGCUACGGGACCGUUUCAAACGUGCCCCAUCGCACGGUGAGCGAAACGCACCGUCAUCGAUUUGCUGCUUCUCCCCAUCAACCCCGGAUGCAGCGCUACGGCAAACGCUAUCUCAAAAAAAAAAAAAAAAAAAAAAAAAAAAAAAACAGCAGCAAACCACAACCAGCGACGAUGGCAGGAAUGCAGCGCAACCUAUCGCUUGCUCCGUUCGCUCUCGUUGAAUGAUUUUCGAUGACGCUGGUUAAUGUUAUCGCUUUUCCUUUUAACGGCUGUGCUUUACAUUCAGACGCUGGCAAAGGUGAAGCGCGUCGAGCUAACGCCCGACGGUGCGAAGCGAAUGUGCGCGGUAAGUUCAAUCGGCAUGGGUCCGACAGAAAACAUUUUGUCCUUCGCACGGUAGGCACGGUCCGGCAGAGGAGAAGGACGGUUAGCGUGGUCCCAUGAUGCGUGCACCCGUUCGUCGUAAAUGGGAAGCGCAAGUAGGCAGGCAAAUCAACAGUGUGUGUGUGUGUUUGUGUGCGGGCGCGCCCGCAAACAUUUAUGGUUUUAUCGUGGCUGAAAAAGAGUGGCAACCGUUUUGUUGCUGCAGAGCGUCCCUACCCUACCGAGACCGCCUGCUGUUACCACAAGCAUCGCAUAAAACUGCUCGCCCCCCCUUCGAGGGAGGUUCGAGGCAAGCACUAUUUCCGUCCGUUGCGUCCCGGCUUUGCUCGUCGAUCGUUGCCAGCGCGCGCGCGCGUUAGCAGAACGUGCCGUCGUGGCGUGCAAUUCGAUCUACAUCCUGGCUGGAUCGAAUCAAGAGCGAGUCAGGCACGUCUCGGCUGCCCUUAACCUCGCAUCGGUCGCAACAAGCAUCGCCCAGCGGCCAGGGCCGGCACAAUUGGCGUGCGUGGCAGGAUGUGGUUUAUCGGUUUGCUCCCCUCGUUCGUGUUCGUUCCGUCGUUCAUUUGCAAAGCGCGGCACGUAUCACGGGGAGCAAAAGUGUUGAAAGAUCCACCCCCCCCCCUUUGCCAAAAGGCGGAGUGCAAACGAGAAAAGUGGCCCAGGUGCCGAGGUUCAGUAUUGUUUUAGCUUUUGCCCGUGCCAGUAGCCAACUAUUCCCGCGGUGGAAGCCAAUACAGUGUGUCGCGUCGUGCACAAGUGUUCCACUGAAUCUGUGUGUGUGUGUGUUUUUGAGUGAGAGUGUAUACUGAUCACCUACGUUUGCGUUGGAAAAAACGAACAGCCGGGAUUGCGAUUGUUCACUCUUGCGAAGGUAUGGAAGCGUUAUAGUUGGGUUGUUGUUAGGGACAGCAGUCGAUAAUGUAAUGUGCUUCGGUACUGAUCUGGUGAUCUGUGCAAUAGUCCGGCUGAUAGAGCAACCUACUGUGAUCGCUAUCGGUACAGAGACUUUGAUUACACAGCAUAGUGCGGGCUAGGUGGCUGAUUGAUAGUUGGAGUUUUGGAACCGCGCCUAGGUCGCUCCAUCAAACAGGAACAAUUAAAGUGCGAAAUCAAAGAUCAGUGGAUUAGAUCAAAACUCGUUUAUGGCAUCAAAACUAAAUGUGUCUGUGAAAGCUUGCCAUUUUUUUUUAUUGUUGUUACAAAACAAGUUACUAUAUCAUGAGCUUUUAUUAGUUUAUUAGUUAAAUAGACGAACGAUUUAUAAGCGUAGUCCUUUUGCAGGAACUUUGGACUAAUUGUUGGAACGUUAGUUAUAGGAACCAUUUCUGAAGAAACCCUUGUGCAGAAGUGAACUUCUUCAGGUUCAUCCUCAUAAUUUUCACCAAUUAUUUUGAACAGAUUGUUUCGUUCACCCCUAUCGCCCGUUGCGUUGUGCAGUUUGUGCUUUCCAUCCCUGUCGCUGUGUGGUUGAGCUUUUGUUUUUGUGCUUUGCAAACAAGUGUUAGCCCGACGAACAUCAUGCCGUUUUAUGCGCUUGUGCAUGCUGAAGGAGAGCCUAGCUCGUUCGACCAGAAGGAGGAAGCGCUGACCGCCCUGCGCGAAUCCCAGGAGGGGCAGCUUCUACCGUUCCAGGACAAACCAUCGCUGGACAAGUUUCUGGCCAAUCCGACGGAUGGGUAUGAGGCUAGCCGCGGGCUGACGGGCAACGCGACCCAACCAGUCAUCACGCACGUUACGCCGUCGCCGGCGCUGCAGCAACGGUUCAUCAAGGCGGUUGGGAUGGGCGACUUGGGACAGGUGAGCAGCCUGGUCCGCCAGGCGCCCGGGCUGCUGAUCGAUAGCACGGCCCAUCCGCGCCGGUUCGCUGCCGAGCGGCUGAACGCGCUGCACAUUGCCGCCCGGUACGGUGCGAACCAGGUCGGCGAGUUCAUCCUCGCGAUGGUCGCGUCCGGCGCGAUCGCCAAGGUGUACGCGGGCAGACGGAGCACCAUCCCGGACGCGGCCGUGCUGACCGUCCAGCUGCUCGACGACUAUCUCAACGGGGCGGAGAUGGACGCGGCCGAGACGCCGCUCCACCUCGCGGCCAAGUACGGCUGGAAGCCGAUGGUGCGCAUCCUGGUCGCCUACCCGCAGUGCGAGAUGAAGCGCAACAGCAGCGGACAGUUCCCGCAGGACCUGGUGUGCGAGAGUGCCACCCCGGAGCGCAACACGCACGAGUGCCGGCGGGCCAUCGACAAGCUGCUGCGCGACUCGUACUUCGUGCCGCUGAUACGCACCGAGUCCAACGUCGAGCUGCCGUACAUUGGCGAGCCGUUCGCGCGCCGCCACCUACCCGACCUGGGCAACGUAGGCACGAUCCGGAAGUUGCGGUUUCUGCGCAUCAUCACCGCGUUCGCCGGGCCGAUGUCGUUGAGCGAGGCGCAAGCCUUCCGGCGGGAGUGGAAGACGCCGCCCCGCGUGGUCGUGCAUGCGGACGCGCGGCCCGGCGCACCGACCAGCAGCUACCAGUACCGGUGCGAGCUGACCGGCCGGCUGUACGAUCGGGCGCACCGUCACCAGGCGGCCGGGAUCGGCGAGCGUGCAUUUCGCCGAGCGCACGUCGACUGCGCGAUGGAGCGCAUCGGCCGUUCGCUCGCCCGUACCAAGGGCGUCGAGUGGAAGGAGUACUGGGCGUUCCUGGGCGCCUAUCAAAACCUGAGCGACACUCAGGCACUGGCGAUCUUCGAGCGAUAUCUCGAACGGCAGGUGGAGGUGGCGCGCGCCCGCCCGGACCACGAUCCGGUCGCGAUCGGCGGCAAGCAGACGCAUCCGCAGAACCUGUGGGCGCUCUGCGCACUGCGCAACGUGUCGUACGAUGCGAGCACCUACCCGUUGGUGAGCCGCUGGCAGCGCAAGAUGCACACCCUCUAUGCGGCGCUGCUGAACAAGGACGGGGCCGAUGCGAAAUCGCCCAACCCGAUCGCGAACGUAGGCCGCAUCUCGUCCUAGGCGGUUGAGCCUGUUUGAUUUUUCGUUUUUAUUCCUUCCCUUGCCUACUGACAUUCCGAAUCUAUGAUCGAGUUUGCUGCAGCGAUGCAGCGCUUUUUGAAGAUUUUUUUUUAUUACGUAAUACAUUACUUGCUUCAUUCAUAUCGAUACAUUAAGCGUUAUAUUAUUCAAAGCGAAGGGAAAGAUUGAAAUGCAAUCAAAGCACAGUGAAUGAAGGCAGGGUAUACAGCGCAUACACGCACAACAUACUUUGGGAACAAAGUUUAUAAAAGUUUUGAAAAUCUUAAAUCGUUUAUUUCUUUGAUAUUAAAAUUAUUUUCUGACAAUAUUUUUUCUUCAACUACUAUAUGUAUUUUUUUUUAUAAAUAUCAGAACGUCGUACUCAAAAUGUUAAAUUGUUCAAACGAACUUGAAUCUACAUUGAUGUCUAAAAUAGAGAUGUUUAAGCAAUUAGGCCGUUUUGGAUCGUUACUCCUGAAUAAAAAAAAUAGAGAUCUAAACAAUGCACAAACUAUUUACUGCACACGGUACGCUAGUGGUUGCUAAGCGAGCAAUCGAAUAUAAACAUAGCAUCUAAUAUCGCACCUUAAACUUUGUUUAUUUCAAUAAAGCAUACACACAGUGAACCGACAAACAACAAGG